AUGUCUGAGUUGGACUUGAACGACGCCAACGAGGGCGUAGACUGGGCCUGUGUGGAUGUCGAUCUCCGUGAUCUGCUGCGGGAGAGCAUGCAGCUGGCGAGGGCGAAUGCAGCGGCACCUCAAGCAGACGCAGUGGCAUCGACUAGUGUCGGCGACGCGGGGCAGGACAAGAGCGCGGGCGGAGACAGUGGGAGUAUGAUUUUGCCACCGCAAGGCAGGACGUCGCCGGCACCUGAGGACGGUAUCGCCACGGAGCCGGCAGCCAUGGUGGCAGAUGACGACCUGGCCACUGCGGAUAUGAACAUCCUCGUAGCGAUGCGCGUGCGCCCUCACACCUCGUUGAUAAUGGCCAAGGGAACACCGCUGCCGUCUCCUCUAACUGAUACGGCGGCGCGUUGUCUCUUUCCCGCGUCAUCGGCGUCGUCGCACAACGCGGUGCAGCAGCCGCCAUGCGAGCUGCGCAGCAGCGGCGGCGACUGGGACGAAGGUUUGAGUACGCAGGUGAGUACCGUCGGCGGCGGCUCACUGGUUGAGGAGCGCCAGCGGACGGCGAACAGCACCCUCAGCCACAGCGCCACCGUGUGCGGGCGGCGGUCCGCGAGCAGGCGAGUAACGCCGAAAGCCGAAAAGGGCAACGCCGGCAACAGCGACAGCAAGGACAAGGCGUCGAAAGAAGUCUGCGUGAGCGCCGACGCAAGGAACGGCUUCAUCGACUGCCCCGUCGCCGUCGCCGCGAACGCCUCGGGCGGCGCGCGCACGCAGACGGCGACGGCGGCGAACGGUGCCACGGCUGGGCAGCGAAUCCGCACCUUUCGCUUCCACUUUGACCACAUCCUCGACGACAGCGUGACGCAGGCGGAUGUCAUGGCGUGCAUCGGUCAGCGCGCGGUGGCGCGGGUGCUGCAGGGCUACCACAGCACCGUGAUGUGCUACGGCCAGACCGGCAGUGGCAAGACCUACACCAUUGCCGGGCCGCACGGCGGAAAGCUGUCGAGGAAGGCGUUGCGGUGGCUGGCGUCGCAGCCCGGGUCAGCCGAGGCGGUCAAGUGCGAUGACGACAACGUCGAUGAAGAGGAGCAGGCGCGCGCCGCGUCUGACGUCGGCCUGCUUCCCCGCAUACUGAUCCAGCUGUUUCGCGGGCUGGAGGCACGACACGGCGCCGACGCCACGGCUGCAACACCAGGCGACGGCAGGCUGCAGCACGCGUCUGCGGCGCCGACGUCAUCGUGGCAGGUUACGCUCAGUGCGCUGGAACUGUACAACAACGAUAUGCGCGACUUGCUGCCGGGUGAGCUUCCUAAGAACGAGGAAGCGACGCUUGGCAAGAAGGACGUCUCUCACCCAUCAGCCGCGACGCGUCUUCACCAUCACUGUAGCAGCAGCCACAUCAGUGAUCACCGCAAGGCCACCGCGUCAGCUGUCAAGCGAGGGCGGGGCCAGCUCUCCGUUUUGCCCCCACCGUGCGCGGUGCAAAACUGCACACGUACGUCGCAGCGCGUCAACUCUCGGCGCGGCAACUCCGCAACGACGCGGAACCACCCCCCAACGGCGGCUGCGAGCACGCCACGCGCCACCUCCCAUGCUGGAGCCGGCACCGCUAUGGGAUCAGCCAAGACAAUACCGAUGAAGUGGACUGCGCCGACCACCACACACGCAGCACCGCAACUGCGAAUUCGUCUAGGGGUGCCCGCAUCGUCGGCCUCGCAGACCUCGCCACCGACGCAGCUGAAGAAGGCAAGAGCUGUGUCGCCGCCUCCGUCAAGCUGGGCCUCGCUCCGCCAGCCCUCGCUCCGCCAGCCCUCGCACGACGCCGGCAGCGAAGCUGUGUACAUUCAGGGACUGCGUGAGCACCAAGUGCACAACAUUCACGCAGCGAUGGAGGCGGUCCGGCUGGCGCUGAGGCAGCGGCACACGGGCCGUACGGAGCUGAACAAGAGCAGCAGUCGCUCCCAUGCGUUUUUCUUCGUACGCGUCGAGCAGCAUGAGCGGCAUUCACGCGACGGAGAGAAGCCCGCGUGCACCACCCGCUGCUCCACACUGAGCCUUGUCGACCUCGCAGGGUCGGAGCGCGUCAGCCAUACUGGCGCGCACGGCCUGCAGCUCAAGGAGGCACAGAACAUCAAUCGCUCGCUCUCUGUGCUCGGAAACGUGAUGCGUCUGCUAAGCUCGGUGGCCCGCUCGUCGCUCUCCAAAAACACGACGACCACCUCGGCCAGCAGUGCUGCUGCACUGACAAGCACCAGCGCAGACCAGCACAUUCCGUAUCGCGACAGCAAGCUCACGCGCAUCUUGCAGAGCAGCCUCAGCGGCAACGCCAUCGCGUUUCUGCUGUGCAACGUGUCGCCGGACUCGCGUGAUGUGCAGGAAACGUUGUCGACGCUGCGAUUCGCGAAGCUGUGCAAGAAUGUGAAGAGCAACGCGAAGCUGAACGAGACGACAGCGGACACAGAAGACGCGAAAGCUGCGGCGGAGGCGAAGAUUUGCCAGCUUGUUGUCGAUGCCUCCACCGCGCAGAACCGCCUGCAGCAGCUCGCGACGUACACGUGGUGGCUGGAGGGACACCUUGGCUACUUCGCGGCCGCGAUGAUCCGCCACCAGCAGCAGCAGCAGCGGCAGCGGCAGCGGCUCUCCGGAACGCUGACCACCAGCGCGUCCAUGAGGGCAGUCACCUCAUCAUCUCGCUCGCGUGGUAGCAGCGGCGGUCGAGGCCUCGUCGUAUCCGAGGAGACCACAGUGCCGAAGGAGAUCAGCGGCGAACGAAGCGCCGGCGCUAGGAACGGCAGCAUGCAGCGGUUCGACAGCCUCGAAUCGCGCGGGGUCGAGAACCAGGAGGGAGCCGACCCUGGCGCAUCACCAGAGGGCUGUCGUCGCAGCGCGGCGCCCGCUGGGCCUACGUCGCCGGAGUGGUGGUACCUUUCACCUCGGCCAUCCAGCCCGACAGCGCCGGCUGACGACGACAAGGACGACGGCGGUGGCGGAGCGGCGGAGGCAGAGGGCUAUUGGCACAGCGCUUCGUCCCGCGCCCUCCUCUCCCCUGCCUACCCCAUUGCGCAGCGCCGCAUGGAGCUGCAGCGCAAGCUGAUCGCGGCGGCGGCCGCCACCACCAACAUCGAAGACCCCGCGAUGCUGGCCAUGCUCUACUCGACGGACGCAGCAGUCGGCGAGGCGGAGGCUACAGCGUGUGGCCGCGUUAUCGACGGCACCAACCUACUAGAGAUCUCUUCAACGGCAAGCACGGCAAGCACAAGCACCAGGGCCGGAGGCAGUGGCGUUCUCGUGUCUAAACCCACCACGAUACCCGUCUCGACGGGCGUCAGCUCGGCCUCCGAGAAGACGCGGGCACCAACUCGUCAUCUUCGGCCAUCUCCACCGGAGCACGCGCGCGCAGCAACGCAGGCGCGGCUGGCGGAGGUGGAGCAGUCGAACGUGCUGCUGCGCUUGCGCCUCGCAGAGCUGCUCGGACGCAUGCAGCAGGAGGGGGGCAACACACACGUUGCCGACUGUCAUCAAGCAAUGAAUGCGGAGAAGGCGGCGAGGGGGACUGUAGGAACGGACUACUCUUGGGCGCCGUCAUCAUUGGCAGCCGCACCAGCACCGCUGCCUUCGCCGGCGGAGGCAAGCGCAUCGCGGGUGCUGUGGCCGCCGCACUACUCCCGCGCGUCCCAUGAUGCCUCCCUCAAAGUCUUUCUUGCGCGCUGUGGCUUCGCCGCGAUGGACUCGAUGGCGCCCGCUGACGCGGCGAUGUCGCCACGGCGUCUGGCCUAA